AUGGCUGCAGCUGGUAGCCGCAGUUUCCAGGACGGAUGUAUUGCCUCGAAGCGUCUCAUGAUGCUCGUGGCCCUACUUCUCGUCUCCUGCAGUCUCGGCCAUGGCUUCGGCGAUGAGGUUCAUGUCGAGGUGGAGGGAAUCAGCAGCAGUUGCAUGGAGAGCGAGAGGAGAGCUCUCCUCGCCAUCAAAUCCGAUAUGUACGACCCCGACAACUGGUUCUCUACUUGGACCGGCAAAGACUGCUGUGGGUGGAGAGGUGUGGCCUGCGACCACACCACCGGCCAUGUCACCAAGCUCGACCUCCACUACUCCUACACAUACUAUGUGUGGGAUAUCUCAGACAUUAGGGAAACAAUGGGUGGGAGCAAGGUAAAUCCUUCUUUGCAAGAACUGAAGCAUUUGAAGUAUUUGGAUUUGAGCAUGAAUAACUUCUCCUACGCCCCUGUGCCGAAAAUGAUCGCUUCACUGGUCCACUUGGAAUAUCUCAACCUAUCUUAUGCCAUGUUCGAUGGACUGAUUCCUCCUCAGCUGGGGAACCUCUCAAACCUACACUAUCUCGACCUUCAGGGAUGGUAUGGUUAUCAUCUGCACGUUGACAAUCUCGAUUGGCUCUCCCGUAUUCCUUCUCUAAAAUAUCUUGACAUGAGUUUGGUCGACCUCUCCAGAGCAACCAAUUGGUUCCACAUAGUAAAUUCAAUCUCCACACUUGAAGUGCUGCAUUUGAGCAGUACAGGACUGCCAUAUGCUCCAUCUCCUUUACCCCCUUUCAAUCUAACAGCCAUUGCUACGUUGGAUCUAUCUGGGAAUUCCAACAUCACGUCUGCCAUGCUAAGAUGGCUUUCUAACGCCACCAGCCUCGAGAACCUCCUUCUUUCUGGCUGUGGGAGUCUCACUAUCGAGUCGCUACAAGUUGCUCUAGGAGCGCUCCUUAAUCUGAAGGAAUUGGAUUUAUCAGACAACUCCCUUGAAGGAGAAAUUCUUGAAAUUCUGAACAAUGUCAGUAGCAGGGGCCUGAAGCACUUGGAUUUGAGCUUCAAUCAAUUAUCUGGAGAUAUUCCUCCAGGGAGCCUUAGAGACCUGGAGUACCUGGACUUAUCAACGAAUUUAAAUGUCGACGUACAUAUCUUAGCUUCUCUGGGGAAUCUCACAAACUUGCGACAUUUAGGCUUGGGGAGCAAUUCAAUCAGUGGAGAAAUUCCACCAACCGUAGGAAAAUUUGUCCGAUUGGAGUACCUAGAUUUGUCCAAUAAUGGCAUCAUUGGAAAAAUACCACAGGUCAUCGGCAACCUCAGUAACCUAUUGGAAUUACAUUUAUCAGGCAACAAAAUUGUGGGAUGGAUACCACCGAGCAUCGGCAACCUCACCAACUUGAUACCAAAGACGAUUGGUAAACUCCACUACUUGCAAGACUUGGACAUAUCAUAUAACAACUUAUCUGGUCAGAUACCAAAGACGAUCGAUUUGUCUCACAAUAACAUUGGUGGAGAGCUUAUAAAUCCAUUUUACGGUUUGUCUACUUGUUCACAAGGUGCAUCUUUAUCAUCCUUAGCCCUGAAGGGUAACAAUUUGAGUGGGAUUAUUCCUUCAAAUAUGGGCCAAUUAUCUCAGCUACAUGAGGUAGCCUUCCUGUUUGGUUUUUAG